AACACAACCAAUUUCACUAAAUUCUCUACCUACUAGCUAAUUAUAGCCAAGUUCCACAUUCGGAGAAUGUCUCAGGGAAGAGGUAGUGCAUCUUCACCCAUGGCUAUGCUCACUGUGAUUUCACUACUGUGCCUGUUGCUUCUGGUGGAACAUGCUAAUGCAGCUACUUACACCGUUGGAGGAUCUGGGGGAUGGACCUUCAACACUAAUUCUUGGCCCAGGGGAAAAAGGUUCAGAGCUGGUGAUGUGCUAAUCUUCAACUACGACUCAACCACCCACAAUGUGGUUGCUGUGGACAGAAGUGGAUACACCGAUUGCAGGGCACCAGGGAAUGCUCGAGUGUUCAGUUCAGGGAAGGACCAAAUAAAGCUUGCAAGAGGGCAGAACUACUUCAUAUGCAACUUUCCUGGUCACUGUGAAUCUGGGAUGAAGAUUGCCCUCAAUGCAGUGUGACAUAGUGCUUUAUUGAAGUUACAAAAGUUAUAAUAACGACGUUAAUGGUCAAUUAGCUAAGGGUAUAACAGCAUUAAUUAGUAGAUGUUAUAGGUGUGAUCAUGUAUGUACUUAAUUUCUUAAAUGGACUGCAAUAUUAAUCAUAUAAUAAUUUUGUGAAGCGAGUGAGAGGAGUGAGCUGGCUUUGUCGGUUAAUGUUUGGUAUGUUUGUGUAGGGAGUGUUUGAUGAUGGUCCAAUGGUCAC